CUGGGGAGCGGCGCGGGGCUCGCCCGGCAGCAGCCGGAGCGGCGCGGGGCGGCGGGGACGGCUGGGCGCCGAGCCCGCCCCGGCCGCUGCGGGCGGGGAAGGGAAGGAAGGGGCGAGGCUGGCUGCCGCAGGGCUGCACCUGCGGGGCCGGGGCCGCUCUGCCCGUGCCCUGCGUGGCUCCGUGCGUGCUCGGCGUGGCGUGUGCGCCCCGAGCCCCAGCCGGGAGCUGAGCCCGGCGCCGGCAGCGGGACCUCACCCCCAGCUCCGCCGAGCUGCGGAGUUGGCAUCAGCAGCCCUCGGCCGCCUGGGCGGCGGCGGGGAUGCUGCCGAGUCUGUGGAUUUUUCUCCUCCUGCCGAGGUUCCCGGUAGUUUGAAAAAAAUAUGCCCGGCUAUCUUCUGGCUCCAAACUGCAAUUAUGCCAGAAAGUUUAUUCUGCAGAUGCUUGUGAAUGGAUCCUGAAGACCAGCAGUGUGCCAGUGAGCGUCGGCCACGACACAAGAGCAUUCGCUAGCCAGGAAAAUGACGAGCUUUCUUGAGGAAGAAACAAAGAAGAAACCUUAAUUUCUUGCAUAGUUGGAAGGCAAAGCAAUAGAAUCUUGACUCUUGGUUAACUUAAAGAAACAUUUUUCAAAAAUACCUCUGGACUGCGUGGAUCUUUGAUGCAAACGUGCCUUUGGACGUGUGCAAAUAAAUCAUUGGAAGAAUCAAUUGGGCAAAGGAGUCAUUGAAAGAGUGGCUGCUGAAGAAUCAUGACAAAGCACUUGGAGAUCAUCAAUUUGUCAUUUUUGCUGGAACAUGAAAGGGAAACAAUAUUGGGAGUAUUGAAGAGAGAUGAGUAUCUGAAAAGAGUUGAAGAUAAAAGGAUAAGGAAACUGAAAAAUGAGCUUCUGGAAAUGAGGAGGAAAGGUGGAAACCGUCAUUGUCAACAGGACAACAGCAGGGUCUGUGUUCGCUGUCAGAAAAACCUGGGCUUAAUCUUUGAUAGAGGAGACCUGUGCCAAACCUGCAAACUUCGAGUUUGCCAUAAGUGUCGUGUUGUAGGAACUGAUGGACAGUGGAAGUGCUCGGUGUGUGCCAAGAUUGCACAGCUACGGAUAGUCACAGGAGAAUGGUUUUUCGAAGAGAGAGCAAAGCGCUUCAAACAAUCAAAUCUUCUUGGAACUGAUGUUGUCAGACAGUCUAUCUUACGCAGAUUCCCAGACACAGUUUCCAGUAAGGAUGAAGGAAGAACAUUUAAAGAUCAACCCCAAGAGAAUGAAGAAAAAAGGCCAGAUGGAUCAGUCUGCUCCACAAAUGGGCAUAAAUCAAUCUUCAGUGGACCUAGAAAGAUAGGGAAGGUAAUUAGGGUGGUUACCAAAGGAGAAAUUACAAAUGCAAAGGAUGAAGGUGAAAGAAACACGGGCUCAGAAGCUGAAACCCAAAGUCUGCGCAGUGGCAAGUCAACACCUUGCUCUGAGAGAGGGAGUGCUGCUUUGCUGAACAGCAGCGAUGCAGAGACCACUGCAGCCCAUCUGAGAGGGGCUGUGGGUCCUGUGAACAGAGGCAACGUUUCCACACCUUCCCUCCCAAGGUCUCUGGCGCUCAGCAUGCGCAGCAUGACUGCAGAUUAUAGCAGGGACACAGGCUUAGAGAAUGGCAUGAUUAUUCCAGCAAGUGAAAGUGUGCCUGAAGAUUUAGUAAAGAAGCACUGUAGGAAAGCAUCUGGAACACCUUCCAUAGCAGUUUCUAGGGUAUCUUUGUCAUCAGAUCGUAGCCGAUCUGAGAUAGAUUUGAGUGAAUCUCUCUCUGAAGGAAAUGAGGACACUCUGAGCAUAAGAAGCAAAUCUGUACCUAGUGCCUUAGAUCAGGAACUGGAUUAUCUGGAUGAAACAGAAGAAGACAUUGAUGACGUAGUGGCUUCUCGUUAUUCAAGGAAACAUGGACAAUUGACAAGUGGAUUAUCAACAAACUCCACAGAAGGCUCUGACAGAAAAUGGAUGUAUUUAAAUGUGCCUGAAACAGAUGGUGAUACUACUAGCAUUAACAGCAUGCUGAGUGUAUAUAGUGAAACUGGUGACUAUGGCAACGUGAAGGUCAGUGGUGAAAUCCUUCUCAACAUCAACUACAGCUACAAAACAGGUGCCCUCAAUAUCCUGGUGAAAAGUUGCAGAAACCUGGCUCUUGCAGAUGAGAAGAAGCAGAGGACUGAUCCAUAUGUCAAAGCAUACCUUCUGCCUGAUAAGUCCCGCCAAAGUAAACGCAAGACCAAAAUUAAAAGUAACAGCACCAAUCCAGAAUUUAAUGAAACACUGAAGUAUGUCAUCAGUCACACACAGCUAGAAACCAGGACCCUGCAGCUUUCUGUCUGGCACUAUGACAGAUUCGGACGCAACAGCUUCCUUGGGGAGGUGGAAAUUCCAUUCGAUUCCUGGAACUUCGAAAAUCAGUGUGAUGAGUGGUUUGUGCUCCAGCCCAAGGUGGAGGUUGUGACAGAUGUUGGGCUUCAAUAUAAAGGAGAACUGACAGUUGUUUUACGUUACAUUCCCCCAGACAGAAACCUAAUGCUUCCUCUAGGGCAGUUUCAAGGAAAGAAGACCUUUAAAAAAGGAAAAAAGGGAGACUCUCACAUGCCAUCUGGAGGUAUAUUAGAAGUCCUCAUCAAAGAAGCAAAGAAUUUAACAGCAGUGAAAUCAGGAGGCACAUCCGACACAUUCGUGAAAGGAUACCUACUCCCAGAUGACAGCAAAGCUACAAAACACAAAACUCCCAUAAUAAGAAAGAGUGUGAACCCCCAGUGGAAUCAUACCUUUGCUUUCAGUGGCUUGAAUUCAAGGGAUCUACAUAACGUCUGCCUAGAGCUGACUGUGUGGGACAAGGAGUCGCUCUCCAGUAACAUUUUCUUGGGAGGUGUCCGUUUGAGCACUGGAAAUGGUGUAAGUAAUGGUAAGGAGGUCGACUGGAUGGACUCUCAAGGGGAAGAGCAGCACCUCUGGCAGAAGAUGAUUGACAGUCCGGGAGCUCCCGUGGAGGGGAUAUUAAUGCUGAGAUCCAGCAUGGGAAAACGCAGACUCUGAAAGACUUUAACUACUGAGGGGUACCACAGGUACUCCUGACCUCGGUGGUGUUCAGGCUUUCGUCACUUUGCCCAUUUGAAAGUGGGAAAGUUGUUGUACUCUUUGCCUUGGAGAUUAAGGCUCCAAGUGAGAUUUUAAUGCAUUCUGCACUUUCAUGCGCAUGUUUUUAACCCAGGCUCCUUGUACGGAUUAUGUUUUACCUGAAGCCAGUGAGAAUAUGACCUCGUACAGAGAUCGGACUGGCUUUCUCUGUCCCUUCUGGUGACUGGUGUGCAGCUGAUGAACACCUCUGCCUAUGGGGAGCACAAAGUCAGAAAAUUCUCUAGUUAGUAAUUUUGUAAGUAAUGCCUGGCUUACGUAUCUCCUUCUGGGUCAAAGAUGGCCUAGGAGACAGCAGUGAUACCAUACAAGCAGAUCCAGGGCAAGUCUGUGCUUUGGCACUUGAAAGAUAAGAAGCCAUAAUGUUGUGAAGGAUAAGAAACAACGUUCCUUUCUCAUGUUUGCUUGUUGGGCUGUGCAGGGUGGCAGGCUUGGCACCGGGCAGCUCCCCAAGGAAGGCCAAUGCACUGUGCUGCACACUAGAAAUAGGCAGCAGGUGAGCUGGUGUACGGUGCUGGUGUCCUGGCAUUCUCUGGGUUAGUUUAGUGCACCGUAUAAAAGGCAGACUUGGUUCAAUGUAAUCAAAGAGCCUCUAAUGAAAAUAAAUCAUAACAAAUCCCCAGUUUCCAGAACUACAUGGCAUUACUGUGUUUUUCAUUCAGCUGACAGCUCUAGCCAAGACCUUCUGAUGCCAUACAGAGGGAGUAUGUUCACAUGCCUGUCCCCAUCUCAUACAUCGCUGAGAUGAGACACAUACUGCGUUUGGAGACAGUUAUCUGAGACCUUCAUUCAACAGAUCAUGUAGCAAAGUGACGUGUAAAGCACAGGCCAGACUGAUUUGCACAACCGUGGAAUUUUCUCUGAAUGUGCUGGGAUUCAAACACAUGCCCAUUCACAUUAAUUAUUAACCAGAGUAGGUCUUUUUUUCUCCUGAAUAUCCCCCUGCAACUUAACAGUAGAUUUAAUGAUAAGAGUGAGGUUUGGCCAAUUCAAUCAUUAAUCUUAUUAACUGUGACAAUUGUUCAACAGUAAUUCUGCUACUUGGUUUCCUAAAGUGAUUUUACACCUGCUUAAAUCCACCAACCUUUGGGGACUUACACAGGUCAUCUGUGAAGAGCAUACUGUUUUGAAUAGUUGUUGUGGGCUACUCCUACCGUAAUGAGGUAAGAUUAUAAUCUUUUUUCAAGGACAGCACAUGUCUGCUUGCAAGAUUGGAUGAUAAUGUAAUUGUGUGGCAUGUCAUUGCUCAGGGUAUAAGACAAAGGAAGAUCAGCAAACUGACUGAACAACAUUUCUUCAGAAUUUUCCAGAAUUAGAAAGCUUCCUACUUGAACUGGUAAAUUAAUCUGUAGCCAUUCUACCUUUUUUAUUCUUCUCCUCAAAUGUUUUAUUUUUGGAAGUAGUAUUAGUACUAAGGAAACAAAUUGAAAUAUAUGGAAAUAUAAUCCUUACAUAGAUUACUGGAAAACCCCCAAAAUUUCAAAGAAUGUAUCAUUCCCUGUAGAUCAAAACAUCAGUAUUCAAAAGAUUUCUGCGAAGAACAAAGACCAUAAAAUCUGAUUUUUUUUGAGAUACAAAUGUUGUUCUUCACAAUCAGAACCUGCAAGAAAUCUAGACUGAACAACAGAAUAUGAAUAGCCAGAGUAACGACAGCUGGAAAUUUGAUAUCUCUAGCUGUUUUAGUGUACAAUUAUGUACAUGUAUUUAAAGCUGAAUCCAAAACCUUAAAAUGUGAUGUCCAUUCCUUUUUUUUUUAGGAUAUUGUAUACUGGUUUUGGUUUGAGUGGCUUGCAACUGUGGGGAAGGUUACAAGCAGUCUUUUAAAAUCCUAAUACUAACAGAUAAUUUUGUUGUUGUUAAAAACAGUAUCUUAGUUUUAAUAAAACAGUUUGUUUCAUUGUGAAUAUUUUCUGAUAUGACUUUAAAAAAUCAUUGGAGGUACUGCUUUGCCCAGUUUGAGAUCCACAAUUUUCAGAAAUUACCAAGUCCUCUUUGAAAAUAAAAUUCCCUUGGAGAAUCUGUUUGGGAACCAGAAGUCAGUACUUGCUCAAGGAAACUGACUUUAUUUUCCUUCUUUAUCAAUUCUUCAUUUUCUCUGAAGUUCUGCUCAAAUUGGGCACUGGAGCAAGUGUAGUCUAGUUUUAGCUGGCUUUUCAUUUUAUGCCACAGAUGCUGUGAACUGAUAAAUCAGAGCACAAAUAUCAAGCACAUACAUUUAUGACCAUUUUCUUAUCAUAGUAGUCUUCCUUUAAGUAUUAGGUUUGGGUUGUUGGGUUUUUUUGUAUCAGUAUCCCCAGUGAAACCAAACAUAACUUUUGCCACCUGAACUAUCCCUCCCUCUAACAGAACUGGUCUGAAUUUUCUUGGUUGUUUGUACUGCAAACCUUUAUUUAUUUUGGGAAUAAUAAUAUUAUAUUGACAUAGAGGAACAAGCUUGAUUUUUCACUUCCUGGAAGUUGAUUCAAAAAGGUAAAGCUUAUUAAAUCUAAAGAAAAUGAUUCUUCAGGGCAAAAUUCCAGCUAGAGUUGUAGAGGAGCACUGGGCAAUUGGAUAGUUCUGUUUUAUUUCAUUUUGACGGUGAAAAUGGGAAAAAUAAUAAGAACACAAAAAAUCCUCUGAAGUGGGACACCAAAAUGGACACCUUUUUUCUUGCAAAAUUGAAAACCUUAAAAUAAUUUUGAACUGAACCAAACCAUUUAUUUUUACAUGGAGUACAAGAGUUUGUCUAAUUUUUGAACAGUAUUUUCUAACCACCUAAGCAUGAACAAUUUAGCUAAAUCAAGUCUUGCUUUGAAAGGAAAGUCUGUGCUUUACUACAUCUUCUGCCUAUUUUGGUCCUAUGGUAGAGUUUGUGGUGAAUGGACUUGCCUGGGAAGUGCCACCCAGCUCAUACGCAGGCUUUUAAAUUCUGCUUUUUCCUUCCAAAUGGCCAAAACUUCACUCUAGGCCUGCACCUGAAAUUAUAGACCUGGCUAUGAAUAGGCUGUAGUUGUCAACUGCAGUUCAGUAUAUGAAAGGAACACUUUCACCUGAGAAGUGGUUUCAGCCAAGGCGGUUGUGUUUGCCGUUGAUAGGAUUUGGAGUAUUACGGUGGAAUUACCUUCUAGGUUAGCUGUGACAAUUCUGAAUUAUGGUAGCAUAUAAUAGGUAUCACACUCUGCCUCAAAUGAGCCUUGGAGGGAUGAUGAGCAUCAUAUCAAUACUAGAGCAAUUUGGAAAGCUUUGCUUUUCUAUGAUGUUAUUGGCACAUUUGUAGGAAACAUCUGAUUUGUGGAAAAUGUCUCAUUUAAUUGUAUCUCUUACAUCUUUGUUCUCUUCCUUUACAAAAUUGAUUUAUGGUUUGGAAAAAGCACAAGAUGAUUAACUGCAGAUGUGAUUUCUUGUUUCCCAGAUAUUUGAAUUAAUUGCCUAUAAUUGUGCAUCAUCAUGUACUGUGUGUUACUAGGCUGAACAAAAAGACACAAAGCCAGGAAUUAGGCCAAAGCCUUCCUUUUGUAUAUGUAUGUUUAUGGUAUUGAAGACACAUGAAUGGUUUAGUCAAGGUUAAUUUUUAGGAGAAAAUAGCCACAAUUUUAAUAUUGAUUCAUAAACUGCUGUCCUGAGUAAACAGACACAGCAGAGCUGAUAUUUCUAAAGUAUUUUUCCACACAGACUUGAAUAACUGAAGAUGCGUCAGUGGUGAAGAAAUCUUCUCUGCAUUGCACAGUGUAUUUUAGUCUGAUACAUAUUUUUCUAGCAAGGUAACUACAGGGCUUUCAUCACUAUUUCUUCCCCCUUGUGAUCAGAUUUUGAGGGUUUGACCCAUUAAAGAAGAGUAAAAGUGCAACUUUUACUGUAAAAUGUCAAGUGGGGACAGUAAAUAAAUCUUUAGACAGUGUGGUUAUUGCCAGCAUCCACCAAAAAGAGCUGAUGCUGAGGGCUCUCCAAGUUCUGCCAUCAGACUUUAGUAUCCAGCCCUGCUCUCCAGAAGUUUCUCUGCUCACUUUAUCAGCUAUAUGGGGGCUUUAGGCUUCUAGAUGUUGAUGCUCUCACUCACAUGCUUAGAUGCCAAAAGCAGGUCAAAAUACGUUUGAAAUGGCCUCCCCAUCUCCUCCACCUGCAUUGUUUUACAUUUGAGCAAGGGUGGGAGGAAAGCUGCAAAGCCUCUGAGGGAUUCUGUUGCCAUCUUCCUGUGUUGGAAAUCCAAGUAUCAUUGCCUUCCUUGAAUGCCUUUUUAGAUGCCACAUUUUGAUCCUUCUUUCCCAACUGGAUGCUUUAGCAGAUGGUUUACGAGAGAAGGCAUCGGGAUGAUGAGCAUGUUUUGAUCAUGAUGCAUUAGACUGGAAGCUUAUUCUUCUGUGCAUCUUCCAAUGCAGAUUAUGCUAAGGUAGCAUGAAAGAAGCAUUUUUUUAUUUUAUUUUAUCUUUCUUGUCCUGCCUGGUUAGGCCCUGCCAAGUGCAUUUAUUCAAAGUUGUAGUCUGCAAAACAUCAGCUAAACUGUAACACCAGAGCAGCCAUUGAGCAUCCACUGGUGCUAAUUGAUAAGAAGAGGUAACAGGAAGGUUGCAUUUAGACUGGCAGAAUUUUGGUUUCUUGAGGGAUAUGCACAUUGCCCAGCUUCAGGCACAUAAAGUUUGCAGUGUGCUCUGUAGAGUCAGUGAAGAGAAAGGCUGCUUGGAUCUCUUACACCUUCAAAACAGAGCUGAGUCCUAUUUCCACAGCUGUCUAGUUUGUGGAUUCACAUAAGAUAGUAAGGGUUGUACCUGUAUCUUUGUAAGGGUCCCUCUUUCCUUCACCCCUCACUUCAGUUCUGCAACCCUCACCAGAAUGUUCUACCUGAAUCUGGAUACACCAGUAUCUGGAAGGAGGCAGCAUGCAGCAAUUAAGUGAUAGUCCCACUUAUUUUCACCUAUAUGAGGCAAAACCUGAAAUUUUACUUCCCUAACAUACAGUACUGAUUUUCAGCACUUUGCAACAAUGGCAGAAGUAAUUAUCUCAUGAGAGCUGGUCUAUGCGCUUUGUCACCUCUUUUUUUUUUUUUUUUAAUAGUUUCUAGAAAAAUACAAUUAUUUAUUUAUUUUUAUUAACCCUAGAGAAAUGGUGUUAGAACAUGUGAUGAAUUCCAAAAUAGGAUGCAGACUUCUAUUUGUAGUGGUGUUUUUUACUAUAGCCCAGCAGGAGAUACUGAGAAGCACGCUAGCAGAACCUUAGCACUGUGUGCCAUGAAUUUCCUGCCUGGUAAUUUCAUGUUUUGCAAAUGCUGUUUGAGAAGUGGCAUUAAUACAGUGUUAAUUAUACUGUGUAUAUUGACACUGACACCGGAAGGUGAAUCUCAGCUUGCUUUUUAGGUGUGUUUUAGGUUGCUUUUGAAACUUACCCUUGCUGCAUCUUGGGCCUUUAUUUAGAUUAGUUAUUUCAGCAGGUCUACUUUGUGGCAGUAAUAUAUAUAUAUAUAUAUAUAUAUAUAUCUGUGUGCUACUACUCCUGACAGCUCCGUGUGUAUUUUUGAGGAUAGUUCUAAUUAUUAAGGUUUGCCUACAGCCAAGUGUAGUCAUUCAUUGUAGCAAUUAAGUGAAUGUCACGUAUCCCUCGUUCUGCCUUUGUUCUGCUUAAGAUCUGUUGCUAGCUCUUUGUUUAAUUAUUCUGCUGGACAUGAACAGUAUUAGCGGUAUGUUAAGUUCUACCCAAGUUUAGACAAAACAAAAUGUUUCCUGCCCAGAACAUUUUUGUACUACUGUGCACUGUACGUUCAGUUUUGUGGACAAAGGUGGCUGGUAAUACAUUUGCAGCUGUUGUCAAGAUUACUGUUCUAUCUGUUAAAUUAAAAUACUAAAACUUUGCUGUG